GAUCCACGGCCCGGUUCUGAGCUGCUAAAGUACCGCCCCCCCGCCCCCCCCCCCUAAGAGUUCCGCUUGUCAGAUCGGUUCCGUUACCGACGCAGUCGACGGUAGGUGCUCCGCCGGGUCCGCCGGGUGCAAAGCGCGGCCGUACUGCAAAUGGCAGAGCGGCAGGAGGGACCCGCGCAAGACGCGUCGCAGACGGAGAGAGCGGUGGCUCUCGCCCGGCUACUUCGCCACGAAUGUGCUCUUCUGCUCCAGCUAUACAAAGAGAAGGAGACCUUCCUGUUGUACCACCCCCCCGACGCAAGACGCAUCGUGACCCUCUCCGCGGACCCCGAGGAGCCCAGCGCGGAGCAGCAGGUGCAGCUGCUGCACUCGGCCCUGCGGCAGUGCCUGGGGCUGAUCCACUGUGUCAUCCAGAAGGAAGAGGAAGAGUGGGGCGAGCUGGAGGGCGACUACGAGGCCGCGAAGAAGCGCGUCCGGCUCCGGCUGGAGCACUUGCUCAGCACCACCAAAGCUCUGGUGGAGACCGAGGACGUGAUCCUGGAAGUGACCCCGGACCACAAGUGUAACGAGGAAACCGAUGGCGGUGGGGGAGCUUUUGCGCUCAAAAUGUGGACCUAUCAUGUUCUGCUGGAGCUAGUCCACUGGGCUGAGCGCGCUUCGCAGACCCUUCAUGUCCUGCACACAGAAAGGACGGAAACCGAAGACGUCUGAUUCAAUCCAACAAUGUCUGAAUGAACUUAACACUAACAGCCAGCUUCCCCAUCUAUGUAUUCAAAAUGGAAUAUUAUCUCUUUGGAAUAUGCUCUGUGAAAACUAGAGGUUAAGAAUCGUGCUGCUUUGCUAAAAUCCCAGUUGAUCUCCUUUCUAACAAAGCCCUGUAGACGUUUUUUCCCGGACGUUGGUAUUUCCACAGCAAGUGCUAAAAUGACCUCUAGUGUGCCACAGUUGCUGUUCCCUUUAACGAAGAAGUAAGUGCAGACCUCUAAAGUUUGGUUUGCAAAGUGGCCAGUUACACUGUUUGAAAAUGUUUUUUGUUUUUGUAUACGGUGUAGUAUUUAUUUUAUUGAAGUGGAUAUAUUUUGAGUACUAACUAUCUACCAUUUUCAUCUACUAACUGCUAGAAUGUAGCCAGAAAUACAUGACUGAUAAACUGUGACAAACUGUAUCCAUUUGCUGUCUUAAUAGGUCAUGUAGCUUUAUAUGUCCCACCGUAUUAUUAACACAUGUAUUCUAUGUGAUUCAAUAGCAAAUUUCAAAUGCUUUCAAAUUUGAUUUUAGUUUGGAUCAAUCCGUGAGGACCACGUGGAACGUUCGCUGCCCUGGUCAAGUUCUCUCCAGAUGUUAUACUUGAAUAUGCUGCUCUACUGUUUGCAAAUUGAAACUAUAAGAACUGUGGUUUUCAAUUAUUUUCUGUCAUGCCUUUUCUUUGGAAGGAUAAAAAGUAGAAAAAAGAUAUACUGUAUUUUGUGUCGCCAAAUGUAUCAAACCCACUUCACUGUAGUGUUCUGUCGCUGACUAAGCAAAAUCCCGCUGAGUGAAUGUGACUUCCAGAAUUGUUGGUAUGGUGGUGGUACUACAUGGUGCAUUGACCAUUAAAACCCACUCUUCAACCUCC